CUUCCGGUUUUCCAAAAAAGAAUGCUAGCUAUUCACAUUGAGAAAGAACUUGGAAACCAAAAAAGAAGAAGAAGAGAGAAAUCCAAAAAAGAGACAACCAGUUUUUGCUGCUUUGCUGUUUGAGUUUUGGCCGGCGCAUGUGUAUUACCUCAAUUUGGUCUGUGUGUUGCAACCAUGGCUCCUUCCUUUGCUCCAUCCUCAUCAACCCCAAAAUUGACGUAUGAAUAUGAGGUUUUCGUUAGUUUUCGUGGGGCAGAUAGCCGCACAGGAUUCACCAGCCAUCUCUUUGCCGCUUUAGACCGCAAAACGAUUCAUGCCUAUAAAGAUGACAUAAACCUCCCUAGAGGGGAAAAGAUUGGGCCUGAGCUGUUAAAGGCAAUUGAGACAUCAAGGAUUGCAGUUGUGGUGUUCUCAAAAAAGUAUGCUACUUCAGGUUGGUGCUUGGAUGAGUUGGUGAAGAUCAUGGAAUGCAAAAGGGUGUUCAAUCAAAGGGUGCUCCCUAUUUUCUACCAUGUGUCUCAACCCGAGGUGCUAGAACAGAAGGGGAAUUUUGCCGAGCUCCCAAAUGGCGCUGAAGACAAGAGGAACAGUUGGAGAGCUGCACUGACAGAGGCCGCAAACUUGGCAGGCUUGCAUUUGGAACCAAAUCGCCCAGAGUCAGAGUUUAUAGAGGAAAUCGUUGAGAACAUUUUGAAAAUACUAAAGGAGGAAUCAUCUACCUCUCCAUCCCUUCGUCAGAAUGAUGCUCCUGGUCAACACUCUUCAGCUACCAUCCCGCACAAUGAUGCCUCAUCUGGCCUUCAUCUGGAGAACUACUCCUGGACACAGACCCAUGAAGAGGUCACUUUAAAUGUCACUGGAACUAAAUCAAGUUCUGUUGUACGCGAGAUAAAAAAGAGCCAUCUGAAAGUUGGACUCAAGGGCCAGCCUCCAAUAAUUGAUGGGGAGCUUUUUCGGCCUGUCAAGCCUGAUGAUUGUUCCUGGAGGAUAGAGGAUCAGAGUGCCAUCUCUAUUCUUUUAACCCAGCACAAAAUGGAGUCGUGGAAAUCUAUUGUGAAAGGUGAUCCUGAAAUCGAUACUCAGAAGGUCGAACCUGAGUCCAGCAAACUAUCAGACCCGGAUCCAGAAACAAGGCAGACUGUUGAAAAGAUGAGGGUAAAUCAUUGA